UAUUUAUUUUAAAUGCUAAAAGAUACGGAAUCCCUAAGCAGCCAUGUAUUGUUUAUUUUCUGUUGUUUUCUCGUGAUCUCGACAUAACAAAAGUUGUUUUCUCAUGAUCUCCGCUUAAUUUUCCUGUGUACCGGACAUCCAUCAUCCCGAAGUCAAUGGGGUUUUGAAGGUUUUUUUGUUUUGUUUUUUUAAAUGCUUGAAAUAAGGUCUGUGGUUAACACAAGCUCAAGAUAUGUUCAUGUUGUAUAAUACCCCCUUGGGAUUUAAAAAAAGAAAAAAAAUCUUUUACGUGUUUUGAAAAAAACGGUUACUAAUGAGUGCCUAAAUGGGACUACAGGGGUUGUCGGGGACAUUAAACGUCAUCACGCCGAACAGGAAAUCUCAUCUACUGCAGCAUUGUUGUGUUUAUACUCGCGCUCUUUCAACUCAAACUUUCCAACUUGUAGGUUUAUCAAUUUAUAGUAUUUUCCAAUUGUAUUGUUUUUUUGUUUUGUUUUUUUAAAUAGAGAUUUAAAGAGUUGUCAGAAGCGUAGCGGUGGUGACGUUGAAGUCACGCGACCGUGGUGUAGCUAAUUUAUAGUCUAACUUUAGCUUUUUACUUAUGCCGAGUGUAUAGACUUUAAAAUCUUAUGAAGCUUAACGAACGAAACAUGUAAGAACCAUAAACUUUUGUUAGUCACAGAGCUUAUUUUCUGAAAUAAUCCUAUGGAAAAAUCCUAUUAGUAUCCUAAGUGAUACUAACUUCUGGGGUGGGCUACAAAAAUACAUCGUCCCUGCAGGACUGACGACUUACACAUUAGUGUCAGACACUUGAGAGGGGGGACAUCCCUCUCUCAAUGUGGAGAUAAAGUCCGUCUCUACAGCGGGGGAUUAUUACAUUUAUGAUGGUGAAGAUGCCAACGUGUAUGUAACACCAGUCCCGUUCACAAAGCGCCAGAUUUUCUCACAAUAAAAUUACGUUGUGAUGGAAAAAAAAAAGAAUUUGGUUAUGUCGAGAUCAACAACAGAAAAUAAAAUUAAUGAUGCAUGGCCGCUUAGGACUUCCGUAAAAAGUAGUGCUUACAGGUGAAACUGAUGCAGGCUGAUUAAAGGCGUCCUAUAAAUCGCGAACCAAGCAUUUUGUCGUGCAUUCCGAGCUAAGUAUACAAUAUAUUAUUAAUGGCCUACAAUGAUUCAGAGUGUAUUGUUGAUCAGUUUAGCAGUUCAUGCGGCGUCAGUCCCGCGAGCCUCAUACGAGGAUUUGAAUUCCAACUACUUUUCUAGACAGAAGACGACUGAUAUACAGUUUUCAAAUCAAGAGUCUUCUAAAAUAUUCCCCGGACGUUUGUUUUCAAACGGCGAAAAUGUCUCUGAGUCUGAGAGCGGAGGUCUGGUUGUAAAGUGUGAGGAGAACAACUGGAGGAUUGUGGUGAAAAGGCAGUACUUUGGACCCGGCCUUCGUUUAUCUCCCAGAUCAGUUCGGCUGGGUGAAGAUGGCGCUCCUGGAGACUGCACUCCUCUUAAAGACUUCAUUACCCCUACUGAGAUGGUCAUUUCUGCCGGACUACAGGACUGUGGGAGUGAAUCAAGAGUAAGUGACAACUGGCUCAUUUAUUCCAAUAAGCUGGUAUUUUCCCAUGAAACACAUCUAACCUGGGGUGGUGUCCAUGUAUUGAAACAUCCACCUACAAUUGUUCCUAUUGAGUGCCGUUAUAAAAGAAAGUUUAGAGUGAGUGCUGAACCACUGAGCCCCACCUGGCUGCCCAUGACCUCAACUAUUGAAGCAGUAGGAUUACUGCACUUCUCUCUUGAUGUAAUUAAAGGCUCCCUUCAUCAGUCCACUGUAUACCAGCAGGGAGAGCCAUUGCUCCUGGAAGCAGCAGUGCAUAGUCCUAUGCACCGUCCACUACGAAUCUAUGUGGACCUCUGUGAGGCCUCUGUUCAUUCCGACACAUUAUCAUGGCCUAGAUAUGAGUUCAUAUCUGCCCAUGGGUGCCUGAUAGAUAGCAUGUUCCCGUAUUCAUCAUCCAAGUUUUACAGCAGGCCAAAGCAGAAUAUUCUCAGGUUCAGCAUACAGGCAUUCUUCUUCCCCCAAUAUCAGAGAAAGCAGGUUUUCAUCAGUUGCCACUUGAGAGCUGCUCCUGUUUAUAGUCUGCCUGACUCUCAAAACAAAGCUUGCUAUUUUCAUGGCCCUUCACUUAGUUGGCAUGCAGUAGAGGGGAGCAGUAAUGUGUGUCUGUGUUGUGAAACUGCAACCUGCAAGUCUGGAAAGGAGGACACAUCCAGCAAAUAUUUAGAUGAGCAGACCAGAGUGGUUGGCCCACUUCAGAUUCUGCCCGCAAAUGUACAUUGGACUGGGAAACUUACCAUAGGGACAUGAGUCUCACCUGAGCCCUUCGUCUGAGAGUUGUGCAGAAUUUCUCUUCCCAAUGCAGUGUCGCCAUACAAAAUAUUCCCACAUGGAUGCUAUCAACAGAGAAAUAAAGGAAAAAUUGUGCUGUCAUGUAUACAGUGUUCUACAUGUGCACUAGAGCAGUGAAGAAAAUUAGCUCUUUCUGUAUGUUCAAACGGUUUGGAUUAAAGAGAUUUGACAAAUCGGAGAAAUGUAUAGACUGUCUUUCGUGUGUGUGGUUUUUAUAUCUGUGCCUUUAUUUUUAUCCUAAAGCAAUUAUUUGGAUGUCUGCCUCCUGCACAUUAAACUGGAUUAAACGUUUAUCCCAGUUUUGUCUUCCAUGGUCUGUCAUGAUUAAUGGUAGCUUUCCUGUUUAAAGAUAUUAAGGAGUGAAAUUAAACUCUGAAUGAAUACCGGCUAUUUCAGGCCUUAUCAUAUUGCAACAUAGGAAAGUGGUGUCCUGUAAGGCAUUUUGCAUUUUCCUAGAAAGGGCAACAUGCUAGUUCUGCACGUUUCAGCAAACAUCAUCAGCAAACAUAACAGAGCCACUUAAAGAGCCAGUCAUACACGUCUGCUUCACUGAAAUGGUAGUACAUGCUUGAUCGUCUCCACUAUCCCCAACCUUAUUUAAGAGGUUUUCAUCUCUCAUUUCUAUUCAACAUUGUUCCACAACACUGCUUUCUUAUUUCUUAAAAUAAAUUGUUUAGACAUCUGUCUCUUCUGCUCUUAAUGUUCCAGGAAGGUUAUUCAGCUAGUUGGUCAUUUCUGGUGACUUUUCAGCAGGAAGGCUGGUGUUCAAAUCACAACUUUGUGUUCACUUUAAUGAUGCAUUACAAAGUUGUUUUGUGGUUUUUGUUUGUUGUUGUUUUUAAUCAAUCAGCAAUGUCUACACAACUCAAGUUUUAGAACAAUUUGCAAAGUUUAGGGUUGGGUGGUGUUGUUUUUGGCCGUUUUGUGAUCCUCAAAUCCAAUUGAAAUCGUGUCCAUAUCUGUGUCUCAGAAUGAAGCCCAAUUUGGUACGAGAUCAGUUCUAAUUAAGUUAUGUAACCAUUAACUGGUAAUGAACUGUCGUCUUUAAUUCCAUCUUGUAUGCACUGCUGCAAUAUUGGUUUUCAAGCGGUACUGUUUUUGUGGUUGUCUGUUUUGUGGUAUCACGACUUUUUUCUUCUUCUUCUUUUUUCUAAUGAUUGAGUUUGUGCACAAACAAUAGGUAAGAAAAAAUAAGCAAAGGUUUUGUUUUUUGUUCAGUUGGUAGGCAGAUAUAAUUAUCUAUGUAUGUACACCUAACACUAAAUAACCAGAUUUUGUGGGUGGUCACACACAUCACUGUGUAUAACCCUUGGGUGUAGACUUUAUUAAUAGAUUUCUUUUGAAUGAAUGAAUAAUUUUCCAAAUUUAUGGAACAGCUGUCUAAAGGCUUGCAG